CCUUGUUGUCGUCGCGUAUUGUAUAUGGUUUCCUUUGACAAACAUUUGAGCUAUAUCAACUAGUUUUAUGUUUAAUAGUGCAGUGAUACAUUUUGCAUCGUCCUGUGUAUUAAGGUUCGAAGGAAGCGCCGCAACGUCCGGCCGCGUGGAUGUAGCGUGAUGCUCUUUUUCUUUUCGGUUUAUUUUUUGUUCAUCUCAUUUAUUUAUUCCAAUGUAAUCUCUUCCAGUUCAUUUUUUAUUCAGUCGGCCUUCAGUGUUACCUGUGAUGGGACGCCGAUGCCUGUGUUUCCCAGGAUUUGCUAAUCUCUAACUUUAAUCAGUAGCUGUUCAGUCAUGUGAAUAUUAAAAUAGUCCUUAGAAUUUGGUGGUUUAGUGCUAACAUGUGAAGAUUUUGUACUCGAGUGGAGUGUCAAGUGUGUAUAGUGCUACGCCCAAGGGCUGUGAUGAUGGAACUACCACAUUAUCUGUUUCUUCUGGCGCGGGCUUCGUUAAGCAAUCUACAUCGUCUUUCUAUGGAACCCCCUCAGUCACCCAAAUUCAAUGUCCCUCUGUGGCAGCCGUGGGUUUCUUCUCCUCAGAAAGAGAGCCCAAGCACGGCGUCGAGCGGUGAAUCGGAGGGAGAUAGGACCUUGUCUCCAGAAGCGCCGCGUGCGCAACCUAAGGAGCUGACUGGAAAAUGGCGGCGGGAGCGAAGAUCCGCGCGCUUGCCUGACUACAGGCCAAGAGAGAAUGGCAAGAUGGCGUUGCGAUCGCAGUCGUUCAACGAGCGACGUAGCGUGGCCGCGGUGGCGCGCGCGCAGCCUCACAGCGACGGAGAUCUUUCCGACGAAGUUGAUGAAGCUGCUAACUUGGCCAUCAAUGGAAAAGGAGCCCCACCAGAGUACCCAGGCAAGCAUGAAGCGCCGAUCGACAUGCGGCUGCGGUCACGGCCGGCGCCUCCGCCCUACACAAGGCCUUCAGUCAUCACCAAGAGCAACGACGCCCCGCCAAGUUCGAUGUCCAUGUGCGACCCGGUGAUAGACGAGCAUUUCCGGCGCUCGCUCGGCGACGACUACAUGAACCUGUUCAAGAAGAACAACGCGGAGAGCCAAGACGCACAGCCCGGCCCCAAACCCAACACCAAGGACCGCGCCAGCAGCCCCAUCCAGUUCAAAAACGAGGAACCGCCCAAACCCACCAAAAUAAUCGCAAUGGACGUCGACGACGCAAACCUCUCUGUAGACGACCACUUCGCUAAGGCCCUCGGCGACACCUGGAGGCAAAUACAAACCUCAAGGUUAAAAGAAACCCAGAAAACAGACAAAACCAACGGCGGCGUCGACGACCACUUCAGCAAAGCCCUCGGCGACACAUGGAAAAAAAUUCAAUCCUCAAAAUUCGAGGAGGACAAAUCUAAAGAACAAACGACGAAAAUUAUCUCAAGGAGUGGCGUCGUAAUAUAAUAAUGAUAUUACGAGACUAGGCGGUUUGGUUUACGGCCUUGUAAAAUUUACGAGGCGUUUUCAUGAUGCUCACUGAAGUAUCAAUAAAUUCCCACUUGUUUAACAUAAAGAAGCUAUUACUUAAGUUGUGGUUAUACAGCGCGUGACGCGGCCCAUCGCUGGAUUGAUGAUGUGGACCACUGACCACAGUCAUUAGUAAUUGUCCCCACACGAGUUUGCCAGAAGUAGUGAAGUUUAUCUAUAGAUUUGACUUCAUUCAUAACACUCCCGUUUAUUCUAUUCCAUGACAAAGUGGCGACAUAGCAACCCACUUUAUCAUCAAUGCGUUCAACAAGCAUUUAUCAAAAGGAUCACUCGUCACUUAUUCUUCAUUAUGUGUUAUAAUUACUUCAAAUCCAUGACAAUUCUGUUAUCUUUAGGGUUUGGGAAUCUUCAAAAUGUUAUAUAACUUUGAUGUAUAGUCAUUUAGUAGUCACCAGUUACACAUUGUAAGUUAUUACCUCAAUUUAAGCGCUUUUGCACAAUUCACUAUAGGUUACUUAUAUGUACCUAUUAGGUAUUAGUUAGGCAUUGUAAAUAAUAUAAUAUGUAUUGUAAUGUACUGGAUUCGAAAUAUUGGAGCUGUAAGGAAUGGUCAAUUAAUUAUUUGACUAACUUUAAUUUAUAAAUGUUCCUUGUGUAAGUGGCACUGUAACAGUUUAGUAUGUGUUAAAGAAAAGGAGGUUGGCAUUUUAAAUUAUGGUUUAUUUUUAUUGUGAAUAAUAAAGCGUGUUAAGUGGAACCCAUCCAUCGAAGAUUUGGUGUCUACUUGGUAAAGUUUAGUCUGAUGAAAAUUAGCUUUUAUUCGUGGCUAUUUUCAAACUAUUUUGUCCUAUUUCUAGAAAUAAUUUGAACAUAUUGUUCGGCAGCUGGCUGUCCGCAUAUCCUAAUAAUAAAUAUCGUGUACUUAUUAAAUACGGUUUCUGAAUGUAUGUAAAUAACGAAUUCCUAUUUAUGCACCUAAUUAAGGAUUAACUUAAUGAAAAUAAGAAAAUACACGAAGCCUUUGGAAA